GAGCUCUGACCCAACAAUGCUGGGAGUGCUGGUGGUGCCGCGGGCUGCCCCAGGCAGCAGGGUGCCCAGGAUGAUCGUGUCCUUAUGGAUGGCAUUCAUCGCGGCUCGGAAAGGCAGAAGCGUGCAUCCAGCCGCCGAUGACACAUCAGACGGCCCGGCGAUGGAGUUUGAUGCAUUUCCCAUGGGCGAAGAGCAGAUCUCCCGGUUAUUGAGGAGGAUGCUGGACAUGUGGACGAGGCUGUGGGCAGGGCAGGGGGCAGAGCCACGGGCGGAGCCACGGGCAAAUGAGCAAGCAGAGCGCACACCAUCUCCUCCAGCCUCCCCGCAUCCCAGCAGCCCGAGCUCCCAGGAUGAUGCCAGCUUAGGUGAGCAGAUGUCUGAGGAGGUGUUCCUGAAGGACACGGUCCACAUCUUCAGGUGGAGCAAGGCUCGUCGUAUGAAUCGCGUCUCGAGCAUGGUGGAGGACGAGAAGACAGAGAACAGGCUGGAGCAAACACAAACCAACACGCCCCAGCUGCUGCUCCAGGACAUGCCAGACCUCACCAUGAAUACCAUGAUGGAUGCUACAACAGGCACCCUGACGGACAUCAUGACAGACACGGAUAACCAGUUCAACAUAACCAGCGAGGACUAGGAGGUCGCUCUUCUCCUCCCCUUUCCCGGCUGUGUCUGAAGCUCUUCCCACCUCUCCAGAACGGAUCUGCCCCAGGAAAUAAAAGGUUUCAUGCA